AUGUAGACAUAGCCUUAAACAGUUGGAGUAAUAACUUAUUAUUCUGAUUAAUAUGAACCAUAAUGUCCAUAUUGUUAAUCAGGAGAACAUUCUAUAUAAUCUGAUAGUAGCUCGUUUUAAUAAACUCAUCUUGUCUCUGAAUAAGCUACAAGGGGAAAAGGUAUUGAUUUAAGUUAAGUUAGUUGUGUAUGUAUCUCCUGAAAGAAUAGUUUCAAGAAAAAUUAUUGAAUCAAAUACUUUAUCUCCUUCCAUAUAAUAAUUAAUGACUCCAUCAAUAAUUUCAACAGCUACACCUUAAAUUAUAAAUUCUUAAUAUCCACUUACUUAAGUGUCACCAGUUCUGAAUUAAAUUUAGAAUAUUUCUAAACAAUAAUCUCCAAUUCUUAUUCAUCAAUAAUAUGUGGUUCCACAAUAAUCUUUUAUUUAGCAAUAAAUUCCUAUUAUCUAACAAUCUACUUAAGACUAUAAAUUGAAUAUAGAACUUUAGUAAUCUUAACUAAUUUAAUAAGAUAUACAAUUAAAAUAAAAAGAGUUAGCAGAAAAAUUACAAAAUUAAACUGAAGAAAUUCAGUAAUCUAAUUUAGCAUAUAGACAAUUAUAGUAAGCUUUAUAAGAGAAAAAGGAAGAGUAUGAAUAAUUAAAAAAGGCUUAUGCAUAUUAAACAUAAUAUUCUCCUACUUCAUAAGUACCUUAAUCUUUAUAAGAAAUAUAUAAUAAAUCAUAAAUAAAAGAGAAAAAAGUGGUUUUAACAAAAGAGGAAUUAGAAUUAUAUUGGAAACAUAGAGUAUUUGAAUUAGAAUAAUAUUUAUAUGAAUUAUGGGGUAAGAUUGCCAAAAUGUAAUCUUAAAACGAAGAAGCAAAAAAAGAUGAUAGUGUUAAAGUAUAUAUAAUAUAUUAAUAUUUCAGAUAGAAAUAUUAUAGAGAGAAGUAUGUUAAUUGGAACAUAUUGUAAGACUAAAAUCUAAUUCAGUUGUAAUUUUAAAAAAUAAAUUGAAUAAUUUAAUGUAUCAAUAUGAUCCAGCAUCUGAAAUUACAAAAUAAUAUGAUCAACAGUUAUAAUCUUUAAGACAAUAAGUUAUGAAUUUAAAUUCAUUAUAUUUAUAAGUACAAGAGGAAAUUCAAGGUAUAGAGCAAUAAAAUUAGAAAAGUAAAUUAGAAAUGAAUGAUUAUGAGUCUAUUCCAAUUAAUCAGGAAUCAUUUUAGAAUUGA